GUGGGAGGGGAUCAUUAGAAAGAAACGAAAGAAAACAGUGGUUUGCUUGUAGUAAUGGUGGACGAGAUCCGCGAUUUAAAUCAAAAUAAUGGCUCCAAAUAACAAAUUCUUCGACUAAUCGAACUGUUUAUGAGAGGAAUUCCUCGGUCGGGGUGUUGCGUCAACUUAUAGUGAAGUUUGGUUCAGGUAUUUUUCGGACGAAUACGAGCUUUUUCUCUUCCUAAUGACUUCCGAAGAAGUCCAGGAUAUGUGGUAGCUGUAAACAAUACAAAUUUCUUUCUAAUGUUGACACCAAAACUCUAUCGCAAGUAGUGAUAACGGGAGGUGUUGCUAUGAAUAUCAUGGAAGGAGCAAUGGAAAGGGAAUCGGGAGCCCUCGGUGGUCUUUUCCAUCAAAUUAUCCAGGAUAUGAAGUAUGGGAUGCCGUUAUGGGAGGACCUUAUCACCAAAGCAACAAAACUUCACUCGUCUCUCAAGGCUACUAUCUUGGCGGUCACAGCCUAUUUGGAUGCUUUCCAGAAAAUCGCAGACUCAGCUACCAGCGCUAGAGGAGCAACCAGAGAUAUCGGUACUGCAUUGACGAGGAUAUGUUUGAGGCAUAAGGCAGUGGAAGCUAGAAUGAAGAAUUUCACAAGUGUUAUAAUGGAAUGCCUAAUAUUGCCACUGCAGGAUAAGUUAGAAGAAUGGAAAAAGACUGUAGUAAAUUUGGACAAAGAUCAUGCAAAAGAUUACAAGCGUGCCAGGACCGAACUGAAGAAACGCUCGACGGACACGCUGCGGCUGCAAAAGAAGAUGCGCAAGGGCGCAGGCGGCGAUCUGCAGAAGCGCUUCGAGUGCGGUCUGCAGGACGUCACCGAGCGACGGCAGCUGCUGGAAGAGACGGCCAAGCAGGCGGUGCGGGCGGCGCUGGACGAAGAAGUGGCGAUGCUCACCGAAAUCGGCCACCUCCAAGAAGCCGUCCAACAGCUAACGAAACACUCCUCGGACCCCGCCCACCUGCCCCCCGCCUCCGAGCAAGUGAUCGCCGACCUGAAGGGCAGCGAGGGCGGCUGGUCGUUCCGCACGCCGCCCUCCUCGCCUUCCAGCUUGGGCUCGAGGAAGAGCUCGAUGUGCUCGAUCAGCUCGAUCAACAGCUCGAGCUCGAGCGGCUCCAAAAGUCACCACCAUUCGCCCAGUCAUCCGUGGCAGCGGUCCUUGUCGCAGGUGUCGAACAUGUCAGAGCACAGCAACAACAGCAGCAGUUCCAACACACCCUGUACACCGUUUCCAGUCAGCGUGGCACCAACCACUACAGCCACGUGGCCGAACUUGCAAGAAACCAUGCAGUUCGAAAGAGCAGCUUCUGCUAUAAUCAGUGACAGGCCACAUACAAUAUCAUCAGCGUACGAAAAAGGCCACCAGAGACCGCCGUUGACGGUGUAUACAUUCCAAGCACCCGAGCAGAGUAUCUCCCAGCCCGCCAGUCCUGUCACCUCGACCACGCCCACAGAUUCCAGUUGCGGCAACGUGCCGCCCAAAAGUCCGGCCGCCUCCAUCAAGUCCAUCACGAAACCGCCAUUGCCAACGAGAUGCUCGUCCCUGGAACGCCAUCCCGCUGGCCCAGCCGUCCCUGCCAAAUCGACCGUCUCGGCCGUGGCGCAAGGGGUGCGGGUAUUGCCGCCCGGGGCGGAGCUAGCGCUGAAGAAGCCCUCCCCGCUGCCCGCCCACCUGGCGAAGGCCGCCCAGCAGCAGCAGCAGCCCACCUACGUCAACAUGCACGAGCUGGCCAGCAUGGCGGCCAAUAAGGUGAAUGAAGGCGAAAAAGAAAGCAGCACUAGCGAGAGCUCUUUAGAAUCCUCUAGCGGAUAUGGAAGUCAGACAACAUUUACCGUUGAAGAUGCCCAACAUCUAGAAGUGAAGGCCCUCACCGAGCUGAAACACACUCCAGCCAGCCCGAACUCCAUCCGGCGCAUGUCCUCGUCCUCGCAGAACCUCUACCAGGCGUCGCAGGGCGUGGCCCCCACUGCGCCCCUCUCCCAGCCGUCCGGCCCCGCCUUCAGCACCUUCCACCAAUCGAAGGUGGCGUACGUGUCGCAGAGCGGGGGCGUGGUCUACGCGCAGCCCGCGCAAGUGGGCGCGGGCAGCAGUCCGAACGUGGUGAGGCGGAUCGCGAGUUUCAGGUCGCAGAGUGCGGAUAGAAAAAGUGAAGGUCCAGGAGGAGUGGGCUCCAACUUCAUAGCCUCGCUCAGCGCCAAACUGGCGCCCCAGCUGAGCCCGAGGACGUCACGCAAGUUGUCCGACGAUCGCACGCCCACAAACUCGCCCAUGGGUACCAAAUACCACCACCAGCAGCAGCACCACCAGCAGCAGCAGCAGCAGCCGAAGAUGGGCCCAGGGCAGUGCUUCCUCGAAUCGCUCAACGCGAAGCUGUCGCAGCAGCACCUGUCGAACGUGCCGCAGCCGCAGCCUGACCCGAAAGUAUGCCACGAGUCAUUGAUGGAUCAGAUCAAGAGGGGAGCAACACUGAAACGAGCCAAAAUGACGAAUGACAGGUCAGCUCCAAAGAUUUACUAAUUCUCGAAGAAUAUCACAUAUUUAUUGAAUAAAUGUAUUUUACCCCUAAUCGUUAUACAGGCCGUAAUUUUUCAUGUCCUACCACUAUUGAAAGUCAAAUUUUCAAAAAUCGGAUAAAACUUGCGGAUUUAGAUUGCUGCCUUUUUUGUAAGACAAACUGUAUACCUACACAUUUCCUUAUUCCUCAAAAUGGAAAAGCCGGGAUUCUUACAAUUCUUAGAUAUAAUUUUUUUGACACCUGAAAUAUAGUGCUAGAGAUUCACCAAGAAAUUGUAUAACAGUUUUCUUUACACUUGCAUCGGAUUUUGGAAUUUUAUUUCCACUAUGUGCAAGAAAAUGCAAUUUUCUUUGAUUUUUGAGGGUCUAGCACACCCAGUAAUAGUGAAUUUUUCUUUGAUUCAUCAUCUUCCAGAUGCGAAAAAUAGUGAUAUGACUUGAAACUUGAGGGCAUAUUUCAUAUUUAUCGAACUGUUCAAAGAAUAGAAUAGAUCCUUACUCAUAUUUUGUUUUUGAUGACAUAUUCACUAAAACAGCUAAUAUGAUGGAUAUGGUUAUCGUUUAUUCAUCACAUAGAAUUCCAUGGUUUCACAAGGGCAGUAAAUAAAUGAAGUCGUAGAAAAACUUGAGGCCAUCUCCACAAGUUUUUCAUGGUGAAAAUUAUGGGCGAUUUUAUAUGGAUAGUAUUUAAAAAUCACUACCUACAAUGAAGUUUUUAUUUGUUGCGCCCUGUCUGUAGAUGGACCAAUUCAGGUAGUAUUGAAUUCGUGCAUUUUGGUUGCGCAGAAGACUAAAACGUCAAUGUCAUUCGUGGUCAAGUCACUGAAUAGCAGACAAUCUUAAGGGUAUCAUGGUAAUGAAUUUGCGCCUUCGAAGUGCACACCUGAUGUUAGGUUAGAUAUUUGUCGUUUUUAUCUCAUCAUCAGCGAAGUGUAUAUGAGGGUUUAAAUUGAACUGAAUGAACAUUGUUGAUGUAGGAGUAAACCCCAAUUUUUUAAGGAAGGAUUCAAUUUUUCAAACAGAAUUCGAAUUUAAUUAUUAUGUUAUAAUGUGAUUGUGUCUUUUCCAUAACUAAAUAUGCACUUUACUAAUGUACAGUAGAGGCUUGAAAUACGUCCGUAUAAAAUUGCCUAAGAUUAGUUUUUCUACAAAUUCAUGAAUAUCUGUUUGACAUAGUUUAAUACAUAAUGUUUAGUAUUCAGAAAACUGAUGAGUUACAUACUAUUUAACAUCAAUCAAUUCAUUUGAGUAAAUUGAAAAUGUUUACUUCCAUAUGAUAGAAUUAAAACAAAAUCCUCGAUAACAUGACUUGUUUUGCUGACCCAGUAGCUUUGCAGGUAUUUUUGAUUCUUUGGGCCCGUAAGUAUAAAUAUAUAUAUAUAUAGAGUGUUCUUGAAAAUGAGGCAUUUGUUUACAGGAUGUAGAACUUAUCAAAACAGACAAAUUCACGAAAAAUUGUCCAUAUAAAACAAACGAACCUCAAAGACACCAAAUUUAACAAACAUCUGCGGUCUUGGGUAAUUUUUUAACGGGAAUCUUUCGCUGUACAAACGAAAUGCUGCUGCUUCACUUUGGCGACACUCACCAUGUGUCAGAAGCAUGUAAACAAGUUCAAUAUUUUCGUUUUCAAGGCUUUUGUGUAAAUCGUUUCGUGAAGUGUUUACAUUCACUAAGGAUUUUCAUGAAGUAAAGGCCGAUCCAAUGUGAAACUAUGAUUCUGUUGAUGAAACCUGAAUUUCAGUUAAAUAAAAAUCGAAGAUCAAUUAUGAUUGAAUUAUGCUGUAUGAGUAGCGUCCAUUUUUGUAGGUACAUGACUGAAAUAUUUUUGUAUUAACAUAGUAUUACUUAUAGGACUGAUGUUGUAUGUAUUUGUAUAUUACUGUUGUGAUUUUGCGGUUAUAUUUGCAAUGAGAAAAAUUUGAGAAAUUGAAAAUGAAUCAACCUGCCGCCUACCCAUCUGGUAUUGCACAUUAUUCAAUAUUUUGUUGGUAAUGCUGAAAAAACAGUGUUAAAUUUCCAUUUUGAAUUUUCGCAAAACCGGUUCACGAUGUUUUCAUUAGUAUGAAAGGUGUAGAACGAUGUAUAGGGUGUCCUUAAAGUACCGAUAAAAUUUCAGGGAAACAUUGCUGAAUGGACAUGAUCAAAUUAAUUCCAUCAGUAAUUAAUUUAUAUAAAACAAUUGAAUUGACGAAGUCCAUUUUUUUAUCAUAACGACUCAUUGUUUAUUGAAGAAAAAGUGUUUUGAUGUUUCCUACCACUCAUUAAUUAUUGAAGAAAUACUGGAUAUUUUCAUUGAUAAUAUUCACCAAACAUAUUCAGCAGUAUCAUUCUGUCUGUAUGAACUAGCAUCUAAUUGUGAAAUUCAACUGGAUUUGAUUGGAGAAAUUAGAAGAUUCAACAAAGCUAAUAUCCCCAUCAAUUUGAGUAAUUCACACCAGCUAAUUUAUUUAGAAGCAAUUGUAAAAGGUAAGCUAAUUCUUAAAAUACCUCUUUGAAAUGUUUAGCAUUAGAUUUGGAUGAUGCAAUACUAAAAGUAAGAUACGGCUCUGCACAAAAAUGGGAGUCUUGAAGAAUAUGAAGAUGUUUUCUGAAUACUCACAAAACGGUCUACGAUGAAAUAUUGAAAUUUCGUACAAUGACAAUAAAAAUUAAAAAUCUUCUAACGGGAAAAUU